AUGUCCAACCCCACCUACGGCGCCACCAACCACCAACAGAUUCGUCGUGAUGAAGAGAGCCAGGUCCUCUUGAACGGUGUUCCUGUCUCGGUCACAGAGACCAACGAUACUUUCUACGGCCGUACCUUCCGCCAUGUUCACCAUCACCGUAAGAGAUACUUCUUCUUGUGGCUCCUUGCUGCUAUCUCAGCCAUCUCCAUUGUCCUGGGUCUGUACUACUUCCAGAAGAACAGACAUGAGGGCGACAAAAGCCCUGCCCCUGGCGAUGGUAACUUCCUCGGCAAGAAGGGCGAUGAUGUUUGCCAGUCUGACCGCUCUUAUCCUAUUGCCAUCCUCUUGUCUAUUUUCUUUGGUUAUAUUGGAGUUGAUCGUUUCUACCUUGGAUACAUCAUUACUGCUUUGUUGAAGCUCAUCACUGCUGGUGGACUUGGUAUCUGGUACAUUAUCGAUAUUGUGCUCAUCAUCGUCGGAGGUCUUCCCGACCACAACGGCUGCACCCUUAUCCCUUAA